AGUCGACCUGCAGAGCCUUCCGCCGCCGAUGCGCAGUUGCAGCCGAUCGAUUAUCAUCCGACACCAAACGUGCAAUAAUAUUCCUUAGCCGUCUACGGCCGACUCGAAGUACCUUGUAACAAGUCUUGCCUAUAUUAUCUGUACCGGUGGUCGUCAUGGACAAUCUCAGGUUACUGCUGGACUACGACGACUCCUCUUCCCACUCCACCUUGUCCUCCGACUCCGACGGACAAUCGACCGACGACGGCGGAUACGGCAGCGUGGGUGACACGUCGGAACCCGAAGAGAUAUUGGUGGACAAACGAUAUCCGGUGCCGCAGCCGCCGCCCCCCAUGGCCAUACCGUUCGUUCAGAUCGACGGCGAGGAGGAACCCAUCAUAAACUUCGAGCGGAGACCGCGACGACAGGAAGACCGUUACCACCCGUACUCCGGAAUGCUGUCCCGCGGCUACGAACAAACGGACCAUCCGCUCAGGAGUGCUCUCAGGAGUGCGGAUCUCAUGCAAGGAACGUUCAACGGGUUCGAGUACCGUCUCACGCCCAGACGUAUCACGGGCUCGGUCAUCCAGCGCAGGCAACUUUUCUACUUCGUGGAGUGGGUCGGAGGAACGAAUCUGCCCUUCCCACUCGAGGCCCACAUCAUGGCCCGCCACGUCCCCAGUAUGGUGCUAAGAUAUAACCGAAACGUGAAAAUUAAUCCAAGUACAUGCCGUUAUUUAUAAAAGUGUAUGCACUUUAAUAUUGUUCUGUACAUAGUGUGUGAACUGUAAACCUUUUUUAUGGUGAACCGUACAAAUUAAAUAUUAUAAUGUUUUUUUUUUUUUUAAUCACGCUCACCCGCACGGGCGUGUGAGGGGCUGGGGAAGAACUCGUGUUUAUGUAAGUUCACCAAUAAACGUUGUCACCCAUCUAGCGACGCCGCAGCACACAAUAAUUGUGACUGCGACCCGCACUCCCUUUUAGUGUAUAAUAUUUUAUUAUAUAAUUAAUUUCUAUAUUGACUAUAAUUCUGUUGCCAUAUUUAAUAUUUGAUUGACUUUUAAUAUAUGUACUAUCACCUGUGUAGUAUUAACUUAUUAUAUUAUUAUUUUAUAGAUUUUAAUUUUUGUACAAAUGUAGUAUAUAUAUAGGUACCUUAGACUGAUGAUUUUUAACUGUUCUAUCACUCAAAAUAAUAAUAGAAUUAUAAUGCAGGACUUGACAGUUGAAACCGGAAAAAAAUAUGUAGUGAUAACCCAAAACGAAAUCGAAAUAGGAAAAAAUAUUUUCAGUUCAAGCCCCGGUUCUAUUUAAUAUCAUAAACUAGGCACCUAUAAUGACUCAA